AGGAUUUCUAACCUCUUUGUGCAUCUUUUUGUUACAGAAAAAUAUCUAAUCUAAUUCAUUUAAUUUAUAAAACCAAAGCUGUCGUUUCAGCUGAUUUGCGUAGCAUUUUUCAUAAGAUAAAAAUGUAAAAUAUGCCAUUGAAAGAUGAACGAAUUUACGGAUAAGAAAGAAACUUGUACGAUUAAACUAAAUUAUAAAUUAGAAUUACGGCGCGGAGAUUUAAUGCUUGAUGAGUCGCAGAUUCUUAUACGUAUGUUUACAUCAACAUAGAUCGAUUAUAUAUAAAGAAAUACAAUUGAUGUAAUAAACGUGCCGCAGCGUGAUAUCCAACUGAUAUAGAUUGAACGCAACUUUAGGUCUACUUUAAGGAAUCCCAGAUUACAUCGUGAUUAUCAUUGAAUACAAAUUUAGCAGAAUGACGUCGAUACUUUGUAUGCGCGCUGGCAUUGCAGUAAGCCGAAAAUUUUCUUUGCUCAAGACUUUCGAGCGACGUUUCGUGACAUACGUUCAAGGUCAGUCGCCUCAACCCCGUGUGCGAGAAUAUUUCUAUUACAUCGAUCAUCAAGGCAUGUUGUUCCUGGAUGACGUUCGUAUAAGGAAUUUUACUUCCUGCUUUAAAGAUAAGAAAUUCUUGGCGUUCUUCUUCAAGCGCCUGAAGAAGAAUAACAUUGGACGUUACAUGGAUGACUUUCCAUUCCUGUCAGUCUGUGGAGUGGAGAGAAACUAUGUAAGAUGCGACGACUUGCCGAUAGUUUUUACAAAAGUGAUUCAGAAACGUAAUGUGGAAAGUGAUUUGGAAGAGGACUGGUUCAGUUACGCACAUGCAGAUGAUUUAUUAAUGGUGCCAUUCGAGCCACAAAGAUUGUUUAUGAACGUUAAAACAGGAAGAGUGUAUCAUCCCGCACCAAAGAAAGCGGGUGGAGUUGGCCUAGUGAGAUCCAAUCUGGCUAUCGAAUUCAGCGCUUUGUUCGACUUUAAAAACGGUGAAGGAAAUGCGCCGACGCAUUUCCUGUGGAAAGACAAGCGAUACCAGCUCGAUACGGAAUGGUACAGGGACAAAUUGUUAUAAAGCAAAAAUGACAAAUCUUUGUAAUUUGUCAACAAAUUGUACAACUAUAGAAAAGGGAUUCUCUAGUUACUUGAACAUAUGUUGAUCUGAGUAAAUUUCGAAAAGUUUCAGUCCCUUUCGUAUAUAUAAAAUUACCAUAAAGAAUGGGCAAUAAGAGCGUUGAAUACAAUACCUAAGACUAUGAAUUUUAUAUUAUCUGUACGUUUCUUAUAAAUGUCAAAAGGAUAUGGAACUCCUAUUUGCAUUUCUAUCAGAAAUUGGUUAUCUUAAUUCACACACAAAGUCUACUUAAAAAUCUCAUUUUAAAAUCGUUAUUUUAUAUUUAAUAACUUAAAGUCUUAAACAACAUAUUCAAAGUUGCCUUUUCCAUAGUUUUAUAAGGCAAAUAUAUUUUAUAAAUCACACUUUUGUAAAUAUGUAAAUUUAUAUUGUUUAUAUGUAUGUCUAUAUACAUUUCUUUAAUAUUAAUAUUUAAUAUUCUCUAUACCCUGCGUUAUAUUAACAUAGAGAUGAAAUAUCAAAGAUCCUAGCGGUGCUAUCGUCAGAAACCGUCAAUGCUUUCUUCUCGUCACUGAAAAA